GCAGACGCGUUUCGUGGAGGAGCCCGAGGACCAGACGGUGGUGGCCGGGCAGAGAAUCGUCCUGUCCUGCGUGGUGCUCAACUACUCCGGCAUCGUGCAAUGGACCAAGGACGGGCUGGCCCUGGGCAUGGGGCAGGGCCUGAAAGCGUGGCCGCGGUACCGCGUGCUGGGCGCGGCCGAGUCGGGCCAGUACAACCUGGAGAUCCGCGACGCCGAACUCUCCGAUGACGCCGUCUACGAGUGCCAGGCCACCGAGGCCGCGCUGCGCUCGCGCCGCGCCAAGCUCACCGUGCUCAUCCCCCCCGAGGACCCCACCAUCGACGGCGCCCCCGAGAUCCUGCUCCGGGCGGGGACCCCCUACAACCUGACGUGCCGCGCGCGCAGCGCCAAACCCGCCGCCAGCAUCGCCUGGUUCCGCGACGGGCUGCAGCAGGACGGGGCUGUCACCAGCACGGAGGUGCUGGCCGAUGGCAAGCGCGAGACCACCACGAGCCUGCUGCCCAUCAACCCCUCGGACGUGGACAUCGGCCGCGUCUUCUCCUGCCGCAGCUCCAACGAGGCCGCGCCGGCCGGCAAGGAGACCUCGGUCCGCCUCAACGUGCACCAUCCCCCCACGGUCACCCUGUCCAUCCAGCCCCAGACGGUGCAGGAGGGAGAGAGGGUCGUGUUCACCUGUAUGGCCACGGCCAACCCCGAGAUCAAGGGAUACAGGUGGGCCAAAGGGGGGGUGAUCAUCGAGGAGGCCAAGGAGAACAGGUACGACACGCAGGUGGAUUACACCUUCUUCACCGAGCCCGUGUCCUGCGAGGUGCACAACGACAUCGGCAGCACCAACGUCAGCACCCUGGUGGAUGUCCACUUCGCCCCCCGGAUCGUGGUGGACCCCAAGCCCACGGUGACCGACAUCGGCUCCGACGUCACCCUCACCUGCGUCUGGUCCGGGAACCCCCCGCUCACCCUCACCUGGACCAAGAAGGAAUCCAACAUGGUCCUGAGCAACAGCAACCAGCUGUACCUGAAAUCGGUGACGCAGGCCGACGCCGGCCAGUACGUCUGCAAGGCCAUCGUCCCCAGGAUCGGCGUGGGCGAGAGGGAGGUCACCCUCUUUGUCAACGGGCCGCCGAUCAUCUCCAGCGAGCCGGUGCAGUACGCGGCGCGCGGCGACCGCGGCAAGGUCGAGUGUUUCAUCGGCAGCACGCCGCCGCCGGAUCGCAUCGCCUGGGCGUGGAAGGAGAACAUUCUGGAAGCGGGAACGCUGGAGCGCUACACGGUGGAGAGGAGCAACACGGGCAGUGGCGUCCUGUCCACGCUGACCAUCAACAACGUCAUGGACGCCGACUUCCAGACCCGCUACAACUGCACGGCCUGGAACAGCUUCGGGCCCGGCACCGCCAUCAUCCAGCUGGAGGAGAAAGAGGUGCUGCCCGUGGGGAUCAUCGCCGGGGCCACCAUCGGCGCCAGCGUCCUCCUCGUCGGCUUCCUGGCCGCCCUCGCCUGCGUCCUGUACCGGCGCCGCAAGGGAAGCCGCAAGGACGUGACGCUGCGCAAGCUGGACAUCAAGGUGGAGACGGUCAACCGGGAGCCGCUGACGCUGCACGCGGACAGGGAGGAGGACACGGCCAGCGUCUCCACGGCCACGCGCGUCAUGAAGGCCAUCUACUCGUCGUUCAAGGACGACGUGGACCUGAAGCAGGACCUGCGCUGCGACACCAUUGACACCCGCGAGGAGUACGAGCUCAAGGUCCGCUCCCGCCGGGAAUUUUGGCUCUCCUACGAGAACUACGGCGGCGCCGCUUUCCCGGCCGCGUUCCCCGGCGCGUAUCGCCUGGGCUUCGGCGCCGCGGCCGCCGGGCUGGAGCGGGGAGCCUACGACGCCUACGAGGCCGUGGGGAAAUUCGGGAACGCCGCCCGCUUCUCCUACACUUCCCAACACUCGGACUACGGGCAGCGCUUCCAGCAGCGGAUGCAGACGCACGUUUAGGGGGUGGGGAGGGGUCUGCAGGUACCUCACGAGCGUCCCCUGAUAUUCAGGGGUUCAUCCCGAUCUUCCUCCCGCCCCCCGAUCCCGGGGUUCCCCCGGAGAUUCCGUUCAUUCCGUUGGUUGUUUUUGCCGGUACUUUUGCCGCCCCGCCCGGAGGAGGGUGAGGAGUUGGUGGUGCGCGGCGUCGUUCCCGGGGUUUUCACAGGGAGCGGUUGGGUGGGGUGCCGGAUCCGGAGGGACGCGCAGAUCCCAAAAAUUCCCUGAUCCCAAAGCGUUCCCAUUCAUUCCUCGAUCCGACUGGGAUCGGCAGGAGGGCUCCGUGGGAUCCCGGAUCCGGAGGGAUCCCAAAAAACAUCCUCAUCCCAAAGCAUUCCCAUUCCUCCAGGGCUCUGCAGGAUCCCAGAUCCACAGGGAUCCCAAAAAUCAUCCUCAUCCCAAACCAUUCCAUUCCUCAAUCCCAUUGGGAUCGGCAGGAGGGCUCCGUGGGAUCCCGGAUCCAGAGGGAUCCCAAAAAUCAUCCUCACCCCAAACCAUUCUAUUCCUCAAUCCCACUGGGAUUGGCGGGAGAGCUCUGCAGGAUCCCAGAUCCAGAGGGAUCCCAAAAAUCAUCCUCAUCCCAAGCCAUUCCCUGAGGAUUCUGCGCGAUCCCAAAUCCACAGAGAUCCCAAAAAAUUCCUCAUCCCAAACCAUUCCCAUUCCUUGAUCCCACUGGGAUUGGCAGGAGGAUCUGUGGGAUCUCUGUGGGAUCCCGGAUCCAGAGGGAUCCCAAAAAAUUCCUCACCCCAAACCGUUCCCUGAGGA